AUGGCUCCCGCACAGCCCAGAGACAUCGGCUGGAAUGAGGCGUUCAGACUGGACAACCCCAUUGUCACCGACAAAGACGGCAACAAGAAAUUCCACCUCGAGUUCGACCUGCGUCAGUUCAAACCUGAAGAAAUCAACCUGUCCACUGCCAACAACGUGCUGACCGUUGAGGCGAAGCACGAAGAAAAAAGCGACGGUAGAUUGUCGUAUCGGGAAUACCGACGUCAGUACACCAUCCCAGAAGGCGUCAACGUGGAAACGCUCAAGUCCAAGCUGGGCCAUAAUGGCGUCCUAUCCAUAGAAGCCCCGGUACAGAAGAAACAAGACGUGGCCAUUCCCAUUAAACACAAAUAA